AUAAAAACAUAACACAAACCUAGCUAACCAGCAGCGCCACAAGCGGACCGUGACCCAUCACAAAUAGCCGUAUUCAGACAGGCUACUCUGACAGUGACACCGCCACUGCGACACGCUUUGAACGGACAGGACAGCGUUGUGGAGAGUGGAUCAGGAAUUUUGCCCGAGCGGGAGAGGAUGGAGAGCCCCAAUAUUUCCUCCGGCAAGGUGGCAGCGAUUAUCGGAAUAAGCAUGGGCGCACUGCUGAUAAUGCACGUGAGAGAUCCGUUGGACUGGAUAGGCGGUGGGUACCCGGAGGUAUGGAGGAAAACUGGACUAGUAGGCGCACCUGCCCGGGCUGUGGUGUGCAUCAUCGCAGGGGUUUUACUUCUCGCAAUGGGCUGGCUGUAUAGACUCCUGUUUUCUCCUCUUGAGCUACUCAGAACGCCGGAUGAGGUCGGGUACAUAGCCGAGGAUGGCCGUUCCCGCGCUCAAGCUGCUAACCAAGUGCGUCGGAGACGGAAAACUGGAGAAUUGCCACCGGUGUAUCCUAACGGCUGGUAUCGAGUUCUGGAUUCUCACAUGUUGGAACGUGGGGAUGUGAAAAACAUAACAGUGUUAGGCGAGCAGGUUGCCGUGUUUCGGGGUGAGGACGGCAAGGCCUAUGUGGUAGACGCCUACUGUCCCCACCUGGGUGCCAACUUGGCCGUGGGAGGGCGGGUGGUCGGGGAGUGCAUCGAGUGCCCCUUCCAUGGCUGGCAGUUCCGUGGGGAGGAUGGGAAAUGUGUGAGGAUCCCCUACGCAGAGAAAGUGCCUGAGUUUGCCAAGGUGCGGUGCUGGCCCAGCCAAGAGACCAACGGACAGGUUCUGGUCUGGUUCCACUGUGAUGGGGAGCAGCCCGAGUGGGUGGUGCCGGAGCAGGGGGAGAUCGCUCGGGGGGAGUGGGUCUACCGAGGGCGCACCGAACACUUCAUCAACGCACACAUAGAGGAAAUACCUGAGAAUGCAGCAGAUAUAGCCCACCUGGCUCACCUGCACACGCCAGGUAUUGUGAGUGGCGUGGACCUGCGCUACACCAACAGCAAGACCUGGGAGUUUGUUCGUCAUGACUGGAAGGUGCAGUGGGAACCUGAGGUCGAGCCGAACAAGCACUGCUCCCAGAUGCUGGUGAAGCACGCUCUGACUGUGUUUGGACGCCACUGGCCUCUGCUGGACGUGGAUGUAGUAGCCAGACAGGUGGGGCCUGGAGUGGUCUUCCUGCUCUUCGACCACAGUUUCCUGGGGAGGGGGGUGAUCAUGCACUGCGUGACCCCCGUGGAGCCCCUCCUGCAGUGUGUGUCUCACACCAUCUUCUACCAGAAGAACAUCCCUCCCCUGGUUCCCAAGUUCAUCCUCAGGGCAGAGUGCAUUCAGUUUGAGCGGGACGUGAUGAUCUGGAACAACAAGACGUACAUCUCCAAGCCCCUGCUGGUCAAGGAGGACUCUUCCAUCCAGAAGCACCGACGCUGGUUCAGCCAGUUCUACAGCGACAACAGUCCCCGGCUGCGCUUCCAGCAUGACACCCUCGACUUCUGACCUCCCUCACACAGGGGGGAGGAGGAGGAGGAGUCACCAGAGAUGGAAGAAGAGGAAGAGGAGGAGGUGAUUAAGAGUCAUCAGAGAUCUCUGACGGAGGAAACGGGAAAUCAUCAACUUGGUGCAAGAAAACUCCCACUCAUCUCCCAGAAAUACUUUUUCCAGCUGUCUUAAUCAGGAGAGAUAGGAGACCUGCCCAGAAAUCAGUCAGAUGGGACUCUGGUCUUUGACCAGACACCCACCCCCCCUCCCCACCCACCCCGUUCCCCGCCUCCUUCAGUUAAGUGCCUAGCGACCCUGCGAAGCUGUAGGAUGUUAUUUAGUGGGACCCCACUUCCUGUUUCUCUUUUGAGGUCACUUUCAAGAACAUUUGUUUCAUACGUUUAACUAUGAAGACCUACUGUAAUAAUGAUCAAAUCAAGCAAUAGGAUCCACUGCACCAGAAUUGCCUAGCCCAAUGUGGACACGGGGACAGCUUAGAUUGUGGAUGCACUGUGUGUGUGAGUUACGAACUGAAUGAUGUAGAACUACAUGAUUAUAUAUCUGUUGUGAAUUAUACUAGCAGGUGCAGUGUCUAGUAUAAAACCGUCCAUAUUUCUAAGGUUAUUAAUCUAUGUUUGCUGUACUGUAUGAUAGACAGUUUUAUUUUUACAUAUAAAACUCAUCUUUUCCGUUGGGGCUUUAGUUUGGUAUCCAUUCUGGCAUCUUAAAAAAUGGUCAGUUGGAUAGCACUUGCAUAAACCACUGAGUCCUGUUACUUAAUCAACUCAAACAUGCGAAAAACCUAGAUGUUCAAGGGAGUGCUCCCCAAUAGCAUAAAACGUGAAUGGUUGACCAAACCUGGCAACCAGCUCCGAGCCUCAGGCACUACCACAGGCACUUUGGGUUUCCAGGUGUGUGCCUCAGACCUGAGUGGCUGCUUGACCUUGCCUGCUGAUUGUAGCUCCAGGUAAUUGUAAACCCAGGUAGACUGACUCACAUUGUUUCCUGCUCAGCCUGUGCUGCCUUGCUUAGUGUCACAAUGACCCGAAGGUUGACAACAACCCAUCGGUGUGUUAGGACAACUUUACCCAAUACAAAAACACAUAAAAAGCAUUUUCUUUUAACUUUCUUUUAAUUUUUAUUUUCGUCUGUCUGAGACAGCCCGACGGUUAAAAGAAAAUGCUUCACUUUAUUUUUGUAUUAGGUAAAGUUGUUGCAACACGACGGUGGGUCACAAUGACUGAAGGGUUACAAUGACCUGAAGGUAACACAAGGGUUAAGGAUGGAUGCAAAGCAGUGAGCCUGUUAGGGCAUGUGUAGCGCGAUGCCCUUCAUGUGAAAUAGUUGCCAAUGAUUUCAGAGAAUUGUGUCACUGUUCGCACAGACACAGUAUGGACAGGUAUGAGAUUAGUUUACACAUUACGAUAAUAACCGAGCAACACCAUUUUAACAGUUACUUGCUCGAACUCUCUUAAGUAAUUGUUCUGCAAGGUUUGUAGCUUUUUCAUUCUCAGUGAAAUUAAGAAGGGAUGGAAGGUAGUCUUUUUUUCAUUUUUAAAAAUUGUUUUAUUGUUAUGAAAACAUGGCUAAUUUUGUAGCUCAGCUGUUCUUGGUAGCCUGCACUGUGCAGAAUAUUAACUGUGACUAUGCACUCAGAUUUAGCCUCAGUGUGAGAGAUCUAUAAUGUGACUAAAAUGUAACCUGUCGAUAUGGAUUACAUUUCUCUUGAGUUUCUGAACCACAUAUUGCUGUGAGAUUGCACUGGCAUGAUCUUCCUGCUGGCACGGCUAAACCUUGCAGGUCUAUGCAUGACACUGGUAUGCACAGGUUGAUAGGGUUGAAAGUACUGUGUAUAACCUGACUAACUUUCUAGGUGGCAAUGGUAUGGAUAGUGGAAACUCUAUACCUGCUGUGUCACUGUGUGGUUCUGAUCAUGGGACAUACUAAUAAGGACCUCAGCGUGAGGGCACAGGACUGUGUGGGGGACUGUGGGGGGAAGUGACUGAUUAGAUCCACCUUUCAUGGUUCAUUAUCCCAAUAGGUGGUUGAUGAAAAAGGGGUGUUGGCUAAUGUGCAAAAGCACAAUGUUCUCUUGGAUAUUUUUAGAGACCCUCCCUUUUCAUGAUCUCAAAAGAUUAUUUUUGUUACUGUAUCAUGCAGUGAGAGGUGUUGAUUUGCAUCUGCUGAAUAAAUCAACUCUGGUUUACUGA